AUGAUGCCUCGCCCCCAGGUCGAUUUGGAAGCCUACCAAGAGGAGAUCGUCUCUCUCUUCACUACCCAGAGGACUACCGUCGAAGAUAUCUGCUUCGCUUUGCGCCAGAAUUAUGGGCUCGCCGUCUCAGUACGGACGCUUCAGAGGCGAUUACAGGCCUGGGAAGUUAGAAGAGCGCCAAGCAUUGUGUAUAACGAGGCUAUACAGACCCGCAUCGCCACGCUAUGUACCCAAGCCGCCCUUACCACGAGUGAGAUCCUCGAAGUUCUAUCGAAUGAAGGCACUCCGAUCUCCCCCCGCACCCUCUGGACUAUUCGCUGUCAGAGGUUAGGAAUACGCCUUCGUAUCGAUGACCCUGAAGAGCAGCAGCAGCAGGAGGGAGAGAUCGAAGCUAUACUGGCCGAUCAGCUUGGGAAGGGGCAUAUUGAAGGCUACGGAAGAGGGCAUCUGUAUACCUAUCUUCGCCGGCAUAGGUAUGUCUAUGUGAGAGACCGGAUCUUCAAGAUCUGGUGUGCUCUUCGCCCAGAUGCCCUUCAGCGUCGAUCGCUUGGUCUUCAGCGCGCCCGGGGGUCGUAUACUGUGCCUGGCCCGAAUUUUGUCUGGCACAUUGAUGGGUACAUGAAGCUCCAGCCAUAUGGAAUUGAGGUCUAUGCCGCUAUCGAUGGUUACUCCCGCUAUAUUGUCUGGAUCUACGUCGGUAUAAGUACACGCACCGCGGUGAGUGUACUCCGCCAGUAUCUCGAUACCCUCUCUAUGCGUCGAUUCCAGCCACGAGCUAUUCGCGUAGACCUUGGCACCGAGACAUACCUCAUCGGCGAUGCCCACUGGGCUCUCCGGCGAGCUAUCGACCCAGAUAUUCGUCAUGAGGAGUGCUGGUGGUACGGCCGGAGUGUCCAGAACCAGCGCAUCGAGUCUUGGUGGGGACAGCUCUCUGGGUCAAAUAACUUCGUCUGGCGGAAGUUAUUUCGCUAUCUACAGGAUAGUGGCUUUUUCACAUCGUCAACCGCCGACCAGAUUGCCCUUCUCGCUGUCUAUAUGCCGUUGGUACGCUCGUCGAUUAAAGAGUUUGUUGAGACCUGGAAUACCCAUCGCAUCCGUCGGCAAAAAAAUCGCCCAGAUAGCGUCCCCGGUAAACCCUGGAUGCUCUUCCACCAUCCACAGGUCCAAGACUUCAAUAAAGGGGUAGAUCCAGUCGUAUUAAGUGGUCUACAUGAAGGGGUCGUUGGAGAUUGGGAUGCUGAUGAAUAUCUACCAGCUGAAACGCUACAGUGGUGCCGGACUCAGCUAUACCAGCUUGGCUUCGACCCUCUCCAGCCACCAGCACGAGAGAGCUAUGCUCAGCCGUAUACACACGUCUACCUAGAACUCCGCCAGCUUGUGACCAACCACAUUGAGUCAGGCGCACUACCGAUACUCGUAGUAAGCGCUCGGCCUACCGGAGGAUACAACUGGGUGCCGCCAGGGCAACCAGCUGAGGCGUACGACAAGGUUUAG